AUGAUGUACCGCAUGCAGCCCACUAUGGCUGAAUUACUGGUACCGUCACCGGCGGCAGAGUCAGCUGCGAAAUUGAGAUUCCAUCAAGAUCAUGCUCUUUGGUGCUCUAAACCUGAAAUGUCAAUUUGAAAUAUAACAAUGUCCUUAUUCCUCCAAUCCUAUGUUCUAGUUGUUAACUCGACGGUGUGGCGUGUCGUAGAGUAA